GCGGAUGCGUUGAGUUAGCGUGUAUCUGUUGUUUGAUGCAACUGGCCUUUUACUUCGGCAAAUUGGGUCUCUGCUCUUUUUAGUCACUAGUGCUGUGAGUAUUACUCAUAUCGCACAGGCAUAAGUAAUGGAAAAAGAAAGUACCAGUUUGAAACGCGAGAUUAAACGUGCCAAGUUGUUCGAAGUGCAACGACUUGUGCGAAGAAUGAGGCAAUUAGGAAGCAAGAAGGGGACAGAAACUCAGUUAAGAAAGAACCAAAGGAAGAUCGAAAGGUUUGAAAAGGAGCUAGAGUUUCUGAAGGACGCUACAGUGGCUGAAAUAGUCCGCCGUGUCGCCAAAGAUCAAAGUGAAGGCGAGCAAGUUGUUGAUCAUGUGUUCGAAGACCAUGUUGAAGAUUCACUUCCAGACAGUGAUCUUCAGAGAAGAGCUAUAGACAGGAUCGUUAACUCAACGAAACUUCAUAAAUUUUUAGAAGGAAUGUCUGCGAGUAAGAAAGAGUCAGCGCGAUUUGAAAAAAGAAGUAGCAAAAACGAAAAGAAACUCAACACUGUUGGCGAAAAAGUGGCCGUCACUGCGAAUGAAAAGUCUGCUUCUGGUAACCCUCAGGUGAAAGAAUAUGAAGAUAAUGAAAAAUGUGAUGCAAAAACGGAAACAGCAAUGGUGCAAAAAAGACAGAAAUCUUUAAAGAAAACACCUAUUACAAGUAAACUUGCUCCAGCUAAAAAGAAACAGCUUCAAGAAAUCUCAGAUCAAGAUGACCUCUUUGUAUCUGGCUCAGACGUAAGUUUCAGUGACUCAGGAGAGGACACUGACGAUCUUUCUUAUCCAGACUUGAAACCUAAAGGUUUAGGGUCGUGCUUUGUUCAAUCUAUGUUGAGAGUCAAGGAUGAUAAAAAGGUAUUCUUGAAGGCAAAAGGCAAUUUAGGAAAUAAGAAAGCAAAAAGAGCUGAUAAGUUGGCUAAGAAGAACCGUAAAGGACAGCGUGCACGGCAGCAGAUGUGGGAAAAGGUACAUGGAAAGAGUGCAAAGCAUUUGGUAAAGUAAGCAAAAGAAUACUCAUCAAAGGAUAUCAAUAAAGGAAAGAAAUUGAAAUCUAAUGAUGUCAAAUUGCAGCAGCCUACCAAACAGACAAACAAGGAAGAAAUCCUGCAUCCAUCAUGGGAAGCUAUGAAAAGAAGGAGGUCACAAGAAACUAUGUCGGUUGAAUUUAAGGGAGAGAAGAUAAGAUUUGAAGAUUCAGAGUGAACUUAAUGAACCCUUACUUGUACGUCAUGCUUUGAUUUUAUCCUUUAAGUUCUUGAUGUUUGAUAACAAAUAUAAAAGAAAAAGGAAAAAAACUGAACCAAUGAUAGAUUGAGUCACAACAUUUAUUCAGACUUGGCAAAGGAGAUGCAGUUGCAGGUUAUGACUUUUUGAAAAGUGUGGAAGAAAUUUCAUAAGUUUUCCAGCUGCAGCCAAUUUAUCUGUGUUAUAUCCUUCUUUCUUGUUGUUUCCUGGUCAUUUUUUGUGCAUUGUUUUUUCUGCCAAAUAGCAUCAUUCUGAAAUUUUGUGUUGAGUUAAAGGUUGUUUUGCACUUCACAAAUGUGACCCGAAAUACAUGACACACUGGAGAGACCAAAAGCAGGCACCAACUCUUUACCAAAAAAUAUUUUCUGAAGAGUGUAAAAAUGAGUAAUUGGCUCACCAAAACCCAGCUUUUGGACAACAGUGCACUUUUUCUGUUUGUCAGAGUUCAUAAUUUGGCAUUAUCUCAAGCUAAAUCUCUUCUCAGAUAAUUUUAUUUUAACUGUGAAAAAUUAAUUUCAAUAUGAAAUGCUGAUCAUGGGUAGAGGUGAAUUAUCAUAUUAAAAUUAGCAUUCUCCAAUAUGAACAGUUUUGUUAUAAGAGAGAGUUUAGAAAAACAUGAUAUGCCUUCUCAUAAUUUGGGCGGUUAUCUGUUAAAUCUAUAGUCUCCAAUCCAACCCAACAGAAGAAAAUGAUUUCAACUAAAUGCACCUUGGGUGGUUACUUUCUGAGCAUGGCAAAUAAAUAACGAUUAUUU